AUGACGAACCCAAUCCGCGUUGCGGCAUGUCACGCCUCAGCCGUCUUCCUCUCCGCCAAAGGCACAACCGAGAAGGCUAUCUCCCUCGUCCACGAAGCUGCCAAAAACAAAGCCAACCUCGUCGUCUUCCCAGAGACAUUCAUACCUGCCUUCCCAGUCUGGAGUUCCGUUCGUCCACCAACCGAAAACCACGGACUUUUCCAACAAAUGGCUCACCAAUCAAUAUACGUUGACGGGCCAGAGAUGAGUGCCAUUCAGGCCACAGCGAAGAUAUCGAACACAAUCAUCAGUAUUGGUAUCUCAGAGAAAGUGCGAUACAGCUCUGCUUGUCUCUUCAAUAGUAAUGUCAUCAUUGGCUCGGAUGGAGAGAUUCUGGUCCAUCACAGGAAGUUGAUGCCGACGUUCUUUGAAAGAUUGACCUGGAGCUCGGGGGAUGGAUAUGGGCUGCGAGUGGCUGAAACUGCGUUUGGGAAGAUUGGGAAUUUGAUUUGUGGCGAAAAUACGAACCCGUUGGCAAGGUACUCGCUGAUGGCUCAGGGUGAGCAAUUGCACAUUUCUACGUGGCCAGCGAUCUGGCCAACGAGAGCGGCAACAACAGCGACGACUAAAGAUUUCAGUGAAAAGAAGUCGAACUCAAUUGUCUCAACUAGAGAAGUAGAAAAGAAAGGACCAGCAAACUACGACAACAUUGCGGCAAAUCGAACGAGAGCUGCUGCCCAUUGCUUUGAAGCCAAGUGCUUCGGUGUCCUCUGCUCAGGUCGCCUUGACCAUAACGCCAUAGACAGAAUCUCAGAAGGAUCUUCUGAUGAAAGCCAUGUUCGUAGCGUACUAAAACAGUCGCCAGCUGCUGCAACUAUGUUCUUGGACCCGACAGGAGCAUUGUUACCUGGCUAUACUGUCGAUGAGAACAGCGGGCAAAGUCAUACCAAGGACUUCUUGCAACAUGAGGAAGAUAUUUUGUACGCGGAUAUUGAUUUUGAGGACUGUGUGGAAGGGAAGCAGUACCAUGAUGUCGUUGGUGGAUAUCAGCGAUUGGAUGUUUUCGAGUUGAAAGUUAACCGAACACGGAGAGUUCUAGCUACUUUUGUAGACACAACCAUGGUGGAACAAUAA